GCAUGGCGGGAGAUAUAGUCGGCCGAGGAAGUCCCUCCUCCCCCGGAAGCCGGGCAGCGCCGGCGUUUACCGCCUUUCCGGAAGCGCGGGAGUCUUGGUCUCUAUUACCUUCGCUUAGGUAGUUGUACCGUAGUACCUUUAGGUUCUUCAUUUCCCUGAGACUUUACGGCCGUUUGAGGUGAAAUGGCUCCGGGAGAGAGAGGAACAAACGGUGGCAAUGGAGGGGCCGCCACUACCUCAGGCUGCCCGUAGGGAGGGAGCAUGAGGGGCCUCUGAGUCGUUUGGGCCUGCCCUUAGUUCCUUUGCAGUAAUACUGCCUACCGCGAAGAUGAGCUCGGUCUGGGUCACCUCUUUCGAGAAGGAGCAUCUUUGGAUGUAUCUGCAGGCGCUCGGCUUUGAGCCAGGCCCGGCCACCAUUGCCUGCGGAAAGAUCGUGUCUCACACGCACCUCGGAGUGAACAUGUUUGACAAGCUGAAUCGUGAUGCCUUUCAAAUCGUUUCUUAUUUUUUGUUCCAAACGCUGGACCAGUCUCUCACCAAAGAAGUUUUCAAGCUUUGUUGGCCUCCGUUUGACCAAAAAAGUGACACUGAAUUCCGGAAACAUUGCUGUGAAUGGUUAAAAAAGAUUUCUGCUGAAUGUGGAAGUGGCUUUCCUCAAGUUGUUGGUUCACUAUUUCUUUCUCCUGGUGGUCCUAAAUUUAUUCAUCUGAUGUAUCAUUUUGCAAGAUUUGUUGCAAUAAAAUAUAUAAAAACCCAUUCUAGAAAUUCAUCUAUACAUUUUACAGAGACAUUUAAUGUAAAGCCACAAGAUAUGCAUAAAUGCAUUGCCAGAUGCCAUAUAGCACGCAAUAGAUUUUUACAUAUUUUGCAAAGAGAAGAUUGUGUUAUCCGAGAGUAUCAGGAAAAUGCACAAUUGUCAGUUAAACAAGUACGAAAUUUGAGAUCAGAGUGUAUGGGACAGGAAAACCAAAUAAAAAAAAUGGAACCCUAUGAUGACCAAAGUAAUAUACAAGAGAAAAUCCAAAAGGUGCGGUCAUUGUGGGCCUCAGUGAAUGAAACACUCACGUUUUUGGAAAAAGAAAGAGAAGUUGUUAAUGCAGUCCUUAGUCUUGUUAACCAGUAUACUUUAGAUGGAACUAAUGUCGCUAUCGAUAUUCCAAGGCUCUUACUUGACAAAAUUGAGAAACAAAUGGGUCAGUUGCACAUAGGAAAUGUUUAUGAGGCUGGAAAAUUGAACCUGUUAACAGUUAUUCAAUUAUUAAAUGAAGUUUUGAAAGUAGUGAAAUACGAACGUCAUCAGGCUGACCCAGCAAGACUGACAAUAGACCUUCAAUUCCUUGAAAAAGAGACCAAACUUCAGAGAGAAAGAUUAUCAGAUCUGAAUCGUAUGAGGUGUAAAGUAAAAGAAGAUCUCACAACUAUAAAACAUUCUGUUGCUGAAAGGCAAGGAGAAUGGCAUAAAAAGUGGAAAGAAUUUCUUGGUCUGUCUCCUUUCAGUCUAGUUAAAGGUUCGACUCCAGCUGUGGAUCUUUUACCACCAAUGUCUCCCCUUUCAUUUGAUCCUGCCUCGGAAGAAGUGUAUGCUAGGAGUAUUCUUUUGCGGUAUCCUGCUUCACUUCCAGAUAUACCUAAGCAACAUAACCAAGAAAAUGAUUACAGGAGAGCCAGUGAUAUACCAGCAACUGUACAUGAUCUAACCAACAGACCUGCUUCUUUCCUGUUGCAGCCAGUUUCAUCAUCGGGUAGAAACAGUGUUAGACUGCUUGAAAAGGACAUGAAGAUAAGAACUCCUAGAGAAGGAAAUGAAACACCUCCUAAGGAAACACCAAAAUUUGAAAUGGAAGGCUCUUCAUCAUCAAAUACUGCAAGAAAUACAGAGAAUACUGCAUUUGCAGGGUCUCUGCCAGUUAAAAAUAGUGAUCCAUUCCAAAAAGAGCAGGAUCAUAUGGUAGAAGAGGUUGCAAGGGCAGUUUUAUCUGACUCACCACAGCCCUCUAAAGGAAAAGAACUAAAAUUACAGGAACUAAUUGAUACUCUAGUUUCUAACCCAUUCUUAACAAGGAACCAAAUUCCCCGAACGCCAGAAAAUUUGAUAAGCGAAAUUAGGAGCUCAUGGAGAAAAGCUGUGGAAAUGGAAGGUAACAGAAGUACAGAACUAAUACAGAUGGAUACCGAAGAUAGAGAAAUAUCACCAGAAUCCUUACCUGUGUUGCAUAAUCAAAGAGAAUUUAGCAGGACCAGUUUUCUCUCAGCAACCUCUGUAUCCGAUUCUAGCCAUUUCCAUUUGCCUGAAGAGAAAGUUGUUUCCGAUUGUCUCAAGUGUGUGCCUCAGAAACAUGCGGGGACCAGUCACAUUGGUGGACUGUCAACACAACAUCAGUCAGAUGUGUUAAACAAGAAAAUAAUGGACAAGCAAGGUUUGGAAUGUGCAGCGUUACAGAGCAAGCUUUUAGAAACUAGCCAAACAGAGACAUUCUCCCCUGCUGUAGGUAAUAGGAGAGUUGUGAUGGGCAGCAGUGAAGAGGAACAUGUUAAAAUAGCAGACCACUCAAAAGCUUCUUACAAAGAACCUUUCGUGCAUAAAAGUAUGUUAUGGGACUCUUUUCAAGUAUCAAGUGGAAUUAGUUCCACAAGUUUAAAGGAUAUUGAUUUUGGCAUAUUACAUGAAACUCUUCCAGAAGAAGUUGGUCACUUAAGUCUUAAUAGCUCCAGUAGUACAGAGGCCAAUUUUAAACUGGAACCAGAUAGUCCUGUGCACAGUGGCAUUUUUCCCGAGGAUGUUGUGGGAGAAAGACCGACUACUCCAGAAUCAGACUUUAAUUUACAGGCUAUUUGCCGUAGAUAUGAAGCUCUGAAAAAAUCUCUGUCCAAGAAAAGAGAAGAAACUGACUUUUCCAAUCCUGAAACACUUGAAAGACACAAACCAGAAUUGAGCCCUACUCCCAGAAACAUGCAAACAGAUGAUAUGCUUGACUUUUUGAACAGUCAUGAUUUGCACACUGACUAUACAAAACCGUCUUUACGCAUGUCCCUUGGUGAAAGGAAACAGUCUCUUUCACCACUAAUUAAGUUUUCUCCAGUGGAACAAAGAUUGAGAACCACAGUACCAUGUAGUUUUGGAGAACUUCUACCUAACUUAAAAGAAGAAGAAGUCUUGAAUAAGAGCCUUGAUGAAACAAAUCUCCAUCAGACUUGAAAAGAUGAAAGCAGAAGCCCAGUUAAUUCAACUAUGACAUACAUUUCAAGCAGUGUCACAGGAUCAAAACUGGUUUAUAAUUUAAAUACACAUUGGAAGUGUAACUCUUCUUUCAAGGCCUGAAAAUCCUAAAUAAUGCCUUUUAGCAAACAUUAGUUUUUAGGUAAAGAGAUCUUUGGAUUUUCUCUUUGUAUGGAUAUGGGGUUUAAAUGUGAAGUAUUUGUGAAGGGAAGCAGACCUCAAGUUAUAUGAAACCAUUUUGAUUCCUUGAAUAAUUUGUAAGCGUUAAGUAAAUAGCAAAUAGUAGUUUAAUUUAUUAUGUUAUAAUUUCAGUUGAUUAACAUAAACAUGAGUGGUUUUUGAUAUACUUGUAUUAAGUGGUUAACAUAAUAGCCAUUGAAUAUACUGACCUUUCAUUUUAGGGAAAUAGAGAGCUUUUAUUGUUUCUUUAUGGAACAUUAUAGUACUAACCAAAAAAAGUGAGAAAAGUAGUGCCUUGGGAUGUGUAGUCAAGGUGAGGAAAAUUUAAGUUUGGGAAAGCUCUAAGCAGGCUUAGUGAUUAUUUAAGUAGGUUUGUCCUGGAAAAUGUUUGAUGGAAUAAAAUGUAUGUGAUGAUAAGUGAAGACUGGGGCAGAGUGAAUUUAGAUAAAUGGAAAAUGAUGGAAGACGACUAGACACUUUUAAGGAACACUGUCACACUAUAAAUCCAUUCAAUGGGUUUGCAGCAGAUUUAUAUUUAGUCUAAUUUAGACUUUGAGAAUUUAACCCCUAGUUUUAUAUUUUAACAAAAGAUGUAAAUUAAAAAAUUUAUUAGUCUC